GACGCCACGCACUACAGCCAUGAUACACGCCACAGGCCCUAGCUUUGCAUCAUCUUCUUGUAGAUCUCACUUUCAAGCCACGGAGCCUCUUCGUCAUUCUCUUUCACAUCCCGUCUCCUGCUCCACAACAUGAGCUUGGCGCAUUGGAAGAGCAAGAAAUCCCAUGUUCGAUGCUUGCUACCUUUGUUGUUUUCUUUCUCAUGUGCUUCUGCCCUACGAGUCGUCAACGUCAUAUCUCGCGUGGCAUGACGCUAGAUUGUCCCUGCAACAAGCCUUCACCAAUCGUCGCCAAGCUCAGGGCUAGACUUCUGCAAAGAUCGGGGGUAAAUGCUAUGACGCAAAGUGAGGUCGGUGGAAGGGUGGACGAGAGAGGAGGGGAGAGGGGAGAGGAACGAGGAGAUAGGUCGAGAUCUGAGGAUCGAAAGAGCUUGGGCCUGCCAGGUUUGCUGAGGAUGGCAUCGAGAUUGAGGCUCCCGGGAUAACAAUCUGCAACUAUAUAAGAUUCAUGAUGUCUCUCCUCGGAACUGUUCUUUUUUCUCAUCAUCAAACAAAAGCAUUCAAAGAUACCCAAAGCAUCUUCACUUCAACUCAACUCCCACACACACCAUCUUCAAGAUACCCAACCCCUUCAAAACUACAACCUAAAAACUACAUUCAUCAUGUCUGGUCUCAUCAACAAGGUCAAGGACGCUAUCCACUCCGACAAGGACAAGUCCCACGAGCAGCCUACUGGAACUCACGGCGGCCAUUCGUCCCGUGCUGCCAACGCUGCUGAUCCUCGAUAUGAUUCGGAUAGAGACCAUCGUGCGAACCCUGGCACCACAACCACUGGUGGCCUGGGAUCUUCCACCCACAACGCUGGCACAGCUGGUGGCUUGACUGGAGGCACCUACUCCGAGAACAUGCCUGGCCACACUACUGCCGGACGCACUGAGAACCUGCCUGGCCAAACCACUGCUGGCGGCAUCGGCUCUCAUUCUUCAGGUCUUCCCGAGGGAACCACGGGGCCCCACGGAAGCCGCCUUGCCAACGCGGCAGACCCUAAGGUGGACAGUGAUCUUGACGGUUCUCGACGUGUUGGUGGCUCCAAUACUUAUGGACAAACUACUACUGGAGCUUCGGGUCUUUCAAGCCACGGUGCUGGUGCUCAUGGUGGCAUUGGAGGCACAUCUGCUGGUUACAGCACUGGUCCUGGAAACACUGUUGGUCCCCAUUCCAGUGAUAUGGCCAACAAACUCGAUCCCAAGGUGGACAGCGAUCUUGAUGGAUCCCGAAGACUUCGUGGUUCUAACACCCACGGUAGCCAGGGCGGUCUCGGCGGCGGCUCUGGCACUUACAGCCAGACUACUACUGGCACUUCAGGCUUCUCCAGCCAUGAUGCUGGUGCACACGGCCCCACUGGCACCCACACCUCCGGCUUGGGCGGAACUGGCUCCACCGGUACAUACGGUUCUACCGGCACCGGACUCGGCCCUGCUCCUAACACCGCUGGCCCCCAUUCUAGUGAUUUGGCCAACAAACUUGAUCCAAAGGUGGAUAGCGACCUUGACGGUAGCAAAACUCUUGGCAAAGACAAGACUUUCCAGCAGUCAAACAGCAACUAUGGUCAAAGAGAUCCCACCGAUGCUGCCCAGGUUCCUCCUUCUGUUUUACAGAAACACGUUCCUUCUGAGAUCGCUCACGAUGAUCCUCAUAGUGACCACAGUCGACGACACAGCAGCACCCACCAGGAGACUCACCGGGGUCUGUAAAUAGGAACCGAGGGCUUAAUGAUGAUUUAUGGAUAUGUACAGCAGCAUUUCUUUAAUGAUUAUUAAUGAAUUAUCUUACAUGACAAAG